AACUUUAGUUUCGAUGCCAACAACACUACGUAAUGGAGAAUUAAUCAUAAGUACUUGUACCUUACCUUGUGCGAACCAACCAUCUAUCCAGCUCGCAGGAGCGAUUCAAGGAAGCUGGCUUAUGGUAUUGAACGAUGGUUUUGACUUGCCUGUCCCCUCCGUGAACAGUCUCGAGGUUUCAUCUUCACCUCUUCAUCCAAGUUACAACCUAUGAGCUUCUCUUUAACAACCUGAGCAAUGCUCUGCGCCCCCUCUGGGAAAUCUGUUCUAAGACAAAUACAGCAUAGGGAAGGUCCCUCAAAAGAUGAAUGGUUUAUGACUAGAUUUUGGCUAAAUUUUAUGCCAUCUUCCUGCUACCAAUCCCAAUCAAAUUUGAAAACGAGGACUUGGUCAUACCUCGAAUAUUUGUCCGAAUUUUGAGAACUGGGUUGGACAAACACCUAUCAGCAUUUCUGGGCAAAGGCUAGCUUCCAGUCCAGAAGACCGAAAAAGCAAAAGCAGGUUAUUAAUUGCGACCCUCCGUUGUAUCAUUAGCGCCCUCGGGUUCCGAGAGCGGCUUGGUCAUGACUUCAGUCGCAACUUUCCAAGGUUGGCAUCGAUUGGUUGCGUCAGUGGUUGAAUCAAAGACCCCCAUGAAUUGUUUUCUGGGUAUUUCUGUUUCCUCGCACUGGAGGAAAGGGAAAAAAUUAGCCAGAAAUACUUGUUCACCAUGAUUGUUGACUUCCGCACAUUCUAGCUCUUCUGGCACAUGUCAACGCUCUCUCUCUCCCUCUAGCGAAAAAAAGAGGCAGAGCCGGGAGAGAAAAAAGCAAUUAUGCCUCUCCCCCUCUCUUGAAUACAGGUCUGAUACAUGGUGGUUAGAGUCCAUGCACAAGACAUCUUGGUCUCAUAACUGCGCAAAUGCUGAAGCCAGGAAGCUUAAAGUUCCAAGAAUUUCUUUGGUCAUCGUCCUCGCGCCUACUUACAGAGAGGGCUGGUCAACUGGAUCUGAUAGCAAGUAGUAGACCCUUUCGAACUCAUAUACGGAGCAUAUGCCGGCGCAAGCUAUUCCUCGAAUGUGAUUGAUGCCAAGAGGUCGGUUUGGUGGUUUGUUGAUUAGAUGAAGCUAAUUGUAAUGUACUAGUAUGGUAGUUACGGUACCGGUGCUUAGUUGUGGAAAACGGCAAGAUGACAGAGAAUGAUAUGAUUAUGUUUUGUUUUUGUUUUUUUUUUUUUUUUUUUUUUUUUUGUACGAACACCCGUAUUGCGCUCGUAAAAGCGUCAUACCCAUCCAGCUUCCCGCAGCCAGUCGUAUGAAUCGUACCGACCUUGCUGUGGUUGUGAUGGAACUUUGGGUUCCCCGCAUCUUCCCACUUACAGCCCAGCUUGCUUUGCCUGCUCGCCACGCCCCCAUCGCAUUCCAGCAUUGCUCCAUCGACAACAUCAGUCAAGUCGCUUGAACAACAUCCGCUAUCGACAUACAUCCCAUACAUACGUACAAGUCUCUGCCCGCGACCUGUUCACGACUUGCCCCCCUUUCCCCCCCCCCGAUUCCCCCCGUACACUCACUUGUGCCCUUGUAACCUUCCGCAUUCCACAUCGGCAGGUGCUAUCUGGUUUACUUUGAUGAACUGUUCCCUCUACUUGCAGUUACCUACCUACUGAUGAACGAGAUGAAUUGGCCGGUUUUUGUUUCGAGACCUCCUCUUCCUAAUAUGUCAUCACCUCCAACUUCCAAACGCAUCAAGACGACUGUUGCAUCCAACACACCCACACAUCCCCUAAACCAGCAACAGCAGCAACAGCCUCAUCCUUUUACAGGGCCUGGCCCUUUCGAAAGCGCCUCUAUGGUGCCCAUCUCCACCCCCGUGCCAGCUCCAGCCCCAGCAGCUCCAAAUCCCCGGAAGCGACGUGCGUCACUCCAGACUGCUUGUUUGGCCGCCAUGGCACCUCCCCCGCUAACAGGUGCUGUUGAAGGCGAGGGAAAUACCACUACUACUAGUAUAACUGGCGCGCCAACCGCCCCCGAGCCCACAGUCAAGAAGAAGGGUCGAACAAACACCCCAUGGACGGCGGAGGAGGAGCAACGGCUUAAGACUAUGCGCGAUGCUGGCAACACUUGGAGUGAAAUUGCUAAGACCUUCCCCUUGCGAACUGAAGGAAGUGUGAAGAAACAUUGGUACAAGGACAUGCAUUAUGCUGAAUUUACCGAGGAGGAGUCCAUAACGCUGCGCGAUGCCAUCAAAGAAUACGAAUCAAGUAAAUGGAAAGUCAUUGGACAGAAGAUUGGGAAGCCAGCAAAGGCCUGUGAGCAAUAUGCAAAGGAGCAUUUUAAGCACACUUAACGUACGCAGCGGAAAUGACGUUUUAACGACUAACUUAUACCUACAAUAUCUACCCCCUUUUUUUCCCGACAAUUAGCACCCAAGCUCGUGCUGUUGUACAUCCGUUCUACGUCUUUACGUUAUUCCUAUUUCAGGAAACUAUUUAUGAAUCGCCGCAACUUUAUGAUGAGUAAACGGGAUCGCAGGCUUCAGGAGUUUAGGCUGGGUGUUCACACCUUCUUAUUUUACCAGUUAGUAACAAGGUGGGGCGAGCCCAGGCAGUUUUCAGGCAGUGCUAUACCCCAGUUUCCUCUGUCUCUAUUCAAGGUGCUUUGAUUUCCAUAUUUUCCCUUAUUUUUCACUUUGCUUUUUUCUAUCAAAAUGCGUUUUGUGCUUGGGGGUGAGAUUGUUCGGGAAGCGGCUCAUUGGGUGAGAUGUUAUGCGAAUGCGAAGAGCACCGUUGGGUUCCUAGUCGUCUUCUUUUCUUGUUUAAUGUUUUAUUCAGUUCUUCAAAUUUUCUAAUGGCCAACCUCCCCCCCCCCCUUUCCCCCGGUUUUUUAUUCUUUCCUUUUUCUUUGUUUUCACUCUUUCCACAUGCCUAUUCUAAGUCCCUUACAUUACUUCCAAUCUCAAAUUCGGGUGGUAUAUCAAAUAAAAUCAAUUGGAAAACCAAAUCGACUAGUUUUGUAUACAAGCAGACAAAAGAAAAUGGCGGGCAAAGUUUCCUCGGUUAUCUCUAAGAGUUCUGCAAACGGCCUAUAUCUCUCGUGGACGAGCUGAGUGCAUCAUCCAGUCGCGCGCGUUUAUAAAACAGGCGGGAUAUUUCUUGGAAGGGGGGGUAUUACCUGUUUCCCAGUUUCGUCUACUUCGUCUUUAACUCCUAGGCCAAAAUAAUAAAUUGACCAAGUGGGUAAAUGUUAAUGUGAAGGUUGUGAAAUACCUAUCUCAUUUUUAUUUUUUUUAUUUUUUGUGUCGUUUGGAGAUGUUGAACGUUGACAGAGUUGAGGAAGACACUGAGGCGAGUGUUGUUGGGAUGCGAUUGCGCAAAGUUGGACUGCAUGGAGAGAGGGGGAUGGGAAAGAUUGAAGGCUGAAAAUUGGACAGAAGCACAUGGGAUAAAGUAUAUUACAUUAAAUACAUGCGUCUAAGCAACAUCAUAGUCUCUGCAUAAUCUUUGCGAACUUAUUAUACCUUAAUCAUGAGUUGCAGUGGGAGGUGUCAGGGAGUUUAACACCCCUUCUGCGUUAGAUAAAUAGUUAAUGGAUAGAGGGAGGGACCUGGUGAAUAAGCUAGGCCAAACAACAUUUAUGAGUUUUUCAUCCCUAUCUAUUUUGCAUGCACAAUUGCUUAUAUGUAUGUAUGUACUACUCAUUUCUUAUCCAUUUGACCCUAAUCAUUAGCAUUUCAGAACACACAAGGAAUAAAACCCAGUAUGGCAUAGAGCGACUCCACUACAACUGGUUAUUGUAAGUUAGAAAGGCAGGCUUCAUUCGUCACUCCGAUUUCUGUUUCGGAUCCUCUAUUCUGGGCCCCUUGCCUCUUGCCCACCCCUUUAAAUUGCCUUUUGCAUUUUUUUCUUUUUUUAAUAUGGUCUAUUUAAUUCUUCAUGUAUUCAGGCACAAUUACUACACGUGGGACAUGUUAAAGUGAGUAAAUUUUGAGAGAACUGCAGCUUCACAUCACAUAUCAUUUUUCCUCAAUUGUCAUUUUUCUUGUCUGUUUCCCUGUCUCUGCUUCUAAGUUUGUUAUUCCUCAUCGAAGCCAUCUACAGGCAUCCUCCUCUGCUUCUGGAUCCCUACUUUUUUUGCUAGUAGUGUGUAAGGAAAUGUCAGAAAGGAAGUUGAGCGAUCAACAUGCACAAUAUGAAAGCUACAGAAUAACUUACAUGAUAAGAGCUGACUUGGUUGUUCAUCUGUUGCGUUUUUGCUCUUUUAAUGCUAGCUGGUUGGACGAACUUCUCAAUUUUGAGGAUGGAUUUUAUCUUGGUUCAUUUCUGAAUGAACACAAGUACUUUCUCUCAAUCUCCCAUUCUCUUCCUCUUCUGAAGCAUUAUAUACAUUCAAAGUAGCUGUCAAAGUCACAUCAAGUCAGAAGAACCAAACCUGUUUCAACACCCACACACAACGUCGUUAUUUUUUUCUGUUUUCAUUUUCAUAUAUAUCCGGGGAUACACCGUUGGGCUUUUCUAUCAGUGGCCGAGACACCAGUGAACUCCCAAGACCUAACAAUAUCUAUGGCAUACCGAAGCCAGGAGACAUCAAAGUCCAUUCUAAUUCUAACCAUUGCAAGUGUUGCUAGGUGGCUAACUAUCACACCAAAUUUAGCAGCCAUGCAGUUUCACUCGUUGCAUUUUCUACAUGGUUACCUUUUACACAGCGGGUCGCUAUGUUUGAUACAGGAGGACCCUUGAUUGGAUAAAAUCAACCCGGCUACAGGAAUGUUAUGAUUUUGUGCGGGAGGACAAGAAUUUCCCCUUCUUCUUGUUGUAUCUUUCCUCUACUUUGCGCAUCCUCUGUGCCUCACCAACAGCAAGGAAGUUGGAUGUGUUCCCAUCAAUCAUCCCGGUCGUUUCAGUUGUUGGAUUUUCCCCUCCGGUGACGAGUGAAAUUCGGAGGGAUUUGACCUAGGUUCGACCAACAGCUGGCAAUGUCUUCCUAACGGACGGAUUGUCGGUUCAGCAAGCCUCUUUCGUCCCCCCACCCCGGCUCUGAAGUUUGCGUUGUAGAUUUACUUGCAGAAUUCGGUGUCUCCGAGUCACCAAGCUCGAUCCGAUAGGCUCACUUGCAAAAUCACUCUCUAUCCGCAUUUGUUGGGUGCACAGGCGGACUUCUAGUUUGGCCAAUCCAAAACUUCCCUUCAAACCGCCGGUGGUGGCAACGAUGUUAGGCUUUCAGAAAUCUGUGUCGUCGUUCUGAGUUCGAUUUCUUCUAGGUGCUAUCCUUAUGUGCCCCGCAUGCUUGAUUUACCCUAGUUUGCUUUCAGAAGACGAAGUUAUCUUGGUAUACGAAUGCUGGAAUGACUUAAGAUAUCUAUUUAACCCCAGACCCCUUUCUAACAUCCCAUAUUUUCAAACGAUGGAUCAUUUUGCUAGGCAUGGUUCCUCCGAACGUAUGAAUUUGCGCGAUGAAAAAUUCGAAUCCCACUUUCUGUCUGAUUUUAUAAAUCGUCCCUGCGCCAUCAGAAGGAAUCGGGUCCAGGUUGAUCCGCCUACUUUGUGAAGCUUUGCCUUGCCGAUCCCUGUAUACUCACGUAUAUUAACUGAAUACAUUUUCCAAGAUGGACUGUUUGCGGUAUUCACCUUGCGGACGGC